AUGCCUGGCACUCCCACGCCUGGCACUCCUACGCCUGGCACUCACAUGCCUGGCACUCCCAUGCCUGGCACUCCCACGCCUGGCACUCACAUGCCUGGCACUCCCACGCCUGGCACUCCUACGCCUGGCACUCACAUGCCUGGCACUCCCACGCCUGGCACUCCCACGCCUGGCACUCCCAGGCCUGGCACUCCCACGCCUGGCACUCCCACGCCUGGCACUCCCACGCCUGGCACUCCCACGCCUGGCACUCCCAUGCCUGGCACUCCCAUGCCUGGCACUCCCACGCCUGGCACUCCCACGCCUGGCACUCCCACACCUGUCACCCACCCCAAGUCACCCACCAACAAUGGCACCCUCGCCAAGUCACCCACCAACAAUGGCACCCUCGCCAAGUCACCCACCAACAAUGGCACCCACCCCAAGUCACCCACCAACAAUGGCACCCUCCCCAAGUCACCCACCAACAAUGGCACCCUCCCCAAGUCACCCACCAACAAUGGCACCCUCCCCAAGUCACCCACCAACAAUGGCACCCUCCCCAAGUCACCCACCAUCAAUGGCACCCUCCCCAAGUCACCCACCAACAAUGGCACCCUCCCCAAGUCACCCACCAACAAUGGCACCCACCCCAAGUCACCCACCAACAAUGGCACCCACCCCAAGUCACCCACCAACAAUGGCACCCUCGCCAAGUCACCCACCAACAAUGGCACCCUCGCCAAGUCACCCACCAACAAUGGCACCCACCCCAAGUCACCUACCAACAAUGUCACCCUCCCCAAGUCACCCACCAACAGUGGCACCCUCCCCAAGUCACCUACCAACAAUGUCACCCUCCCCAAGUCACCUACCAACAAUGUCACCCUCCCCAAGUCACCUACCAACAAUGUCACCCUCCCCAAGUCACCCGUCAUCAAUGGCACCCUCCCCAAGUCACCCACCAACAAUGGCACCCACCCCAAGUCACCCACCAACAAUGGCACCCACCCCAAGUCACCCACCAACAAUGGCACCCACCCCAAGUCACCCACCAACAAUGGCACCCUCCCCAAGUCACCCACCAACAAUGGCACCCACCCCAAGUCACCCACCAACAAUGGCACCCACCCCAAGUCACCCACCAACAAUGGCACCCACCCCAAGUCACCCACCAACAAUGGCACCCUCCCCAAGUCACCCACCAACAAUGGCACCCACCCCAAGUCACCCACCAACAAUGGCACCCACCCCAAGUCACCCACCAACAAUGCAUUUCUUUUGUACAAUGAUGGUUAA